GGCUGCGGCAGCAGCAGGAGGAAGCAGCAGCAGCCAUGAAGGACCGUACUCAGGAGCUGAGGACUGCCAAAGACAGUGACGAUGAAGAAGAGGUGGUUCAUGUGGACCGGGAUCAUUUUAUGGACGAAUUCUUCGAACAGGUGGAGGAGAUCCGCGGCUGCAUCGAGAAGCUGUCGGAGGAUGUGGAGCAGGUGAAGAAGCAGCACAGUGCCAUCCUGGCUGCUCCCAACCCAGACGAGAAGACCAAGCAGGAGCUGGAGGACCUCACGGCCGACAUCAAGAAGACGGCCAACAAGGUGCGCUCCAAGUUGAAAGCCAUCGAGCAGAGCAUUGAGCAGGAGGAGGGGCUGAACCGGUCCUCGGCUGAUCUGCGGAUCCGUAAAACACAGCACUCCACCCUAUCCCGUAAGUUCGUGGAGGUGAUGACGGAGUACAACGCCACCCAGUCCAAAUACCGGGACCGCUGCAAGGAUCGGAUCCAGAGGCAAUUGGAGAUAACUGGCCGGACAACCACCAACGAAGAGCUCGAAGACAUGCUGGAGAGCGGCAAACUGGCUAUUUUCACUGAUGAUAUCAAAAUGGACUCACAGAUGACGAAACAGGCUCUGAACGAGAUCGAGACCCGACAUAAUGAGAUCAUCAAACUGGAAACCAGUAUCCGUGAGCUGCACGACAUGUUUGUGGACAUGGCUAUGUUGGUGGAGAGCCAGGGGGAGAUGAUUGACCGCAUUGAGUACAACGUGGAGCACUCCGUUGACUACGUGGAAAGAGCUGUGUCCGACACCAAGAAAGCUGUAAAAUACCAGAGCAAGGCUCGGAGGAAGAAAAUUAUGAUUAUAAUUUGUUGCGUGGUCCUUGGGGUAGUUCUCGCUUCCACAAUCGGGGGGACUCUGGGGUUGUAAAUCAAAGCAAAAAAAAAUUAUAAUAAUAAUAUAAUAAUAAUUUAAAGAAAACUUGUACAUGCAAUGGAUAUAACAGCACAUGUUCCAGCUACCUAUACAUACACUCCUUGGGGGUCAGCAAAUCUAAGUUUCUUGUUCUCCGCCAUCUUUCCAUCCAUCUCUCCA